AACGCCGCUCUCCCGGCCUGUCCCUCGGUGGUCCACGACGCAGUGUCCGUGGGAUACGAGUACGAGUCCUGUGCCAGCCUCAUCUUGUGGGAGAAGAGGACGGCCACGCUGCAGGGCUUUGAACUGGAACCCACCAAUCUGGGAGGCUGGUCGCUGGACAAACACCACGUCCUCAACACGCGCAGCGGGAUCCUGCACAAGGGCAACGAGAACAUAUUUGUGACGGAGCAGCCCCCGGUCAUCACCAGCACCAUGGGGAAAGGGCGAAGGCGAAGCAUCUCCUGCCCCAGCUGCAACGGAUUUGGCCGACGGCAACAACUGCUGGCGCCUGUCGCCCUGGCAACCGGCAUCGACGGCAGCCUCUGUGGGGACCUCAACUUCGUGCGGCGGGUCUACCCGUCCAUGAACACCACCGCAUCCUUGAGCUGA